GUGACUAUACGUGUUUAUUUACGUGGCAGUGAAUAUAAAAUACAAAGGGUUUGUUUUCAUGAAAUGUUAUUGUAUAAUGGGCUCAUUUAAGAAAUUACAAAGCGAAGUUUUACGAAAUAAAAAGUAAAAUAUAUCUUUCACAUUAGUUAUUCUUAGUUAUUCGACAUAUUUUGGUCAUGGAGAACCCAGCUGGUGACACUGGAGAAACAAAAGACGAUGUGAGUGAGAAACAGAAGAAUGCGUCUGGAGGUGAAUAUGUGAUAAAAACUGGUGCUCAAGAGGUUGCGAUCGAACCCCUGAAACUGGAAACUAACCUGCCAACGUCGGAAACUAUUGACUUUACUGUGAUCUAUAAUAAGAAUAAGUAUGAUGUACAGUUUCCACUCGAUGACAAUGUAGGGCAGUUAAAGAAACAUCUGGAAGAUGUUAUAGGAAUCCCCUACUCUCUCCAGAAGGUUAUGAUCAAAGGUCUGGCCAAAGACGAGAGGACUUUACGCGAGCUUGGAGUCAUGAAAGGUGCGAAGGUCAUGGUAGUAGGAUCUAAACUGAACGACGUUCUUGCCGUCUCAACACCCAGCACACAGGAUGUAGCAGAUGAGAAGACCAACACUAGCUCCACAAAAGAACCGUUCUGCAAACAAAAAAUGCACAGGAAAGUUUUAGACAAAGGUGUGCCAGACGAUGUGAUGCCUGGCAUCAAAGAUACCAAAGAAGCUUUGCCACCAUUUCCGCUGGUCGGAAUGUUGAACAAGAGUGGAGGCAAAGUUCGGCUGACGUUCAAGCUGGAAUUGGACCAGGUCUGGAUCGGAACCAAGGAACGGACAGAUAAGAUCCCAAUGAACUCUAUCAAGAGUAUUGUCAGUGAACCCAUAGAGGGCCAUGAACAGUAUCACGUCAUGGGCCUGCAGAUGGGAACAACUGAAGCGUCUCGUUACUGGGUGUACUGGGUGCCCGCUCAGUACGUUGACUCCAUCAAGGACGCUAUCCUGGGAACCUGGCUGCUCUGAUCAGGCAGCGUGAAGAGAUAGAGCAACAUUGUGAGCAAAUGUGUCCAGAUUACAUCGUGGUGAUUCAAAGAGCAUCGUACUAUUUCGUGUACCUACUUUCAAUCAGUUGUUGGUUUUAUUUCAAGUUUAUCUCUGUAAAUGAAUAAGUUAGAUUUUGUAUUUAUUACUUUAUAAAUAAAAUACCCAGAGAGAGGCCAUGUAAUCAGCAUGGUGGGGAA